GCGGCGGCUCGCUCCCCUCCAGUACGUUGAGAGACGCGAACAGAGAGUAUCUGAGAGAGGAGGUCGGGCGGAUGGUCAAAUCACACCUACAGACGAUACUGAAUAGCCACUGCUUCGUUAGAGAAAAAGAGAGACACUCCGUCGAGAUGCCCGUCGUCGAGAAGCCCAGUGUCACCUCCGAGAGUGAGAGCAUCUCCAGUCCCCGGAGGUGCUCGCCCCGCAGCAGUCACCUGUGUGCGGGGCCUCAGUGGUGCUCCGAUGCCCCUCACCCACCCCUGAAGAUCCCAGGUGGGCGAGGGAAUGAUCAACGGGAUCGCAAUCUUUCUGCAACGCUUUUCUACUCGGACGCUCAGCUGCUGGUUCUGGAGGAGCCCCUUCCCGCCAACGGAAGGGUGCGCUUCCUCCACUUUGAGCCCCGCCGCGCUGAGUGUAAGAAGUGUGUCUGGAGGGUGGCGCUGAAAGGGGGGAACCUCUACAUCGAGAUCCUCCCCGGGCCCCUCCCAGAGGGAAGCAAGGACAGUUUGGCGCUUCUGUUGGAGUUUGCGGAGGAGAAGCUGCAGGCUGACCACGUGUUCGUCUGCUUCCACAAGAACCGGGACGACCGAGCUACCUUGGUGCGCACCUUCAGUUUCCUGGGCUUUGAGAUUGUGAGACCGGGUCACCCCCUCGUCCCGGCCCGUCCUGAGGCCUUCUUCAUGGCCUACACCAUGGAGAGAGACUCUUCUGACGAUGAUUAAGUGACCCCAUUUACCAUUCUAACUGUCGUUGUUUUUGUUUGGCUUCAGAAUCCCCCCCCCCCUCCCGUUUUAAAUUUGUAAUGUUGUUGAAGGUGAAUAUACUUCCCGCUCAGUGUUUAUUUUUCUCUCCUGUGAAAGGCGUUCAGGUUCGUUUUGAUUUCUAGCUACCAUCUGCUGUAUUGCAAUGAUGAUUAAGAUGUUACAGGCCAGGAAUAUAAAUUAAGCAUCUGUUUGAAAUUAUCCUGUUUUAGUUAUUUUCUCUGUGAUGUGUAGUGCUUAAAUUCCUGUACAUCACUUUUGAUGCAACCCAAUGAUCAUCUCUACAAGGUCGUCCUAAUGGGGAAAUCCUACAUGUCAUUCAUGUCAUUGACGACUAUUGAUUCAUGUUAAUAUAUUUUUUUUUCAAUAUGUGCAUGGAUUUCAAUUUGUUCAGGCUCUCUGGUCAGAAAUGUGCUUGUUGUAACUGUUCUAAAUAAAAAUGGUCACUUGGGAUUGGAAA